AUGAACAAAAUGACAAUGGAAAACAUACUGCUCGUCGGAGCGGGGGGACUAGGUUGUGAGGUCAUCAAAAAUUUGCUGAUUCAAGGAAUACAAAGGCUAACCAUUGUAGAUCCUGACAUAAUAGAGCUGCAUAAUCUCACACGGCAAUUCAUAUUUAGAUACAAUGAUGUAGGGGCGAAUAAGGCUCAGACCGCAGCUCAGAGAAUCAAGGAGCGGUUCAAGCAUGUAGAGGUUAUUGCCAUCCCAACGCCAAUACAAGAACUUCAACUCAGUAAAAUCGCGGAAUUUGACAUCAUCAUAUCUGUAGUUGACAAUAUACAAGCCAGGAGGUGGAUCAACCUGACUACUAUGGUUAUAUGGCAACAACGCCAGGAACAAGAGGGGACAAAAGGACGUACAACGAAACUGCAGGUACCUCUCCUUAUAGAUGGUGGAUCACAGGAACUUUUUGGCCACGUAAGGGUCGUUGGUGAUGAGAACCAGCCAUGUUUAGAAUGCUCGUUGCCAUUGUUCGCAGACCAGCAGGUGGAUGUCCCUUCUUGUUCCAUACCUAGGGAACCUAAGACACCAGAGGACUGUGUAAGAUAUGUACUCAAUACGAAGUGGGAAGAUAUUGCCAAAUACACCGGGCCGGGACAACAAGAUGUGAAAGUUAUUGAAAAGGUAUUAAAAGACGCCCUGCAAUAUGCAGCGGUGUAUAAAAUACAUAACGUGACAAGGGAAUUAGUGCGCAAGAUUCUAAACAACGAUAACAUCAACGUGAAUACAACAAAUGCUAUCGUAGCUGCAGUAAUCACAAAUAUUAUUCUAAAAAGGGAGAUUACCAUUAACUUCUACUUCUACAGUGGAGAAGGGAAUACGGUGUUUGACAAUUUCAUUAUUCAGAAGCAUCAGGACUGCUUCCUUUGCCAGGGUCGUGCAAUCACCCUAAACGUGGAUUAUUCCCAAACGCUGCAGGAACUGAUCGACCAAAUAGAAACGCAUAUAAAAUCCGAAGGCGUAAAUAUUACAACUGAAGAGGGAACCGUGUACAUGGCCUCACCAGAAGGUCUCCAAAAACUGUAUCGCAACAGGCUCGGAAAACCCCUCAGAGAACUACGUGAUGUCCUAGGUGAACGUUUAUAUGUCACUACCCGAAAAGAGAACAUGUGGUACUGUGUACAUUUGGAACCUUGGAAAAUUUAG